AUCGACUCGUGCUGCAUCGACAAGACGAGCAGCACGGAGCUUUCUGAGGCCAUAAAUUCGAUGUACGCUUGGUAUCGCUUAGCCACAGUCUGCUAUGCGUUCCUGCCGGACGUUGACGGCGUCGAUCCACUUGGAAGUGUAUUCAGCCUCAGCGAGCAACUCAAGAUGAUAGUGCAGAGUCGUUGGUUCGCACGUGGGUGGACUCUGCAAGAGCUCAUCGCACCAGCUAACGUUGUCUUCCUUUCUCGAAAUUGGCACUUCUUGGGGACGAAUGCGUUGUUGGCAGAUGCAAUAGAAAAGGCUACUGGCAUUGUUCGAGGGAUUCUACUCCACCAGGUUGCAUUAGAUCAAGUCGGCGUUGCUACACAUAUGUCUUGGGCGGCGAGGCGACGAACCACCAGGAUCGAGGACGAGGCGUACUCUCUACUUGGGAUCUUCGGGAUCAACAUGCCCACUCUCUAUGGAGAGUGCCGUCACGCAUUUGUUCGGCUGCAGGAAGAGAUCCUG